UACAUACUAUAUGUUUCUCGCCUGCCGAGUAUGGUGGGCUUUAGUAGACACGUUUAAUGUAACCUGGGGAGAAACGUUUUGUCCGUUGGAAGACCCAGCUGUAUUUGGGUUUGUUGUCCCUGAUCUUUUGUCUGAACGAAUUUGUAUAGCGAGCUGUCAGUACACCUUGGUGAUGUCUGGAUUGCAGAAUCGGACUCUCUCCAGUUCCUCGCCAAUGCGAGAGAUUCAGAGUCGUAUAAACGAUAUGACCGUCACUUCAAAAACGCCUGGUGCAAAUGAUCGCUGUAUGAAAACACCGAGCAGUUCAAAGAGAAAUGACGGUUUCUUGAUUCGACAGAAGACUCCAAAUAAUAACGCAGGACACAGUAAAGCUAAAGGGCGGCUGAAGCAACGUGAGGUUACACCUUCACGGAACCCGAAUUACUGUGGGACCGUAGGAGGUGGUGAUCGUUUUAUACCAAAUAGGAGUGCAACUCAGUUUGAUUUUGCUAAUCAUUGUUUGUCGCAGUCGUCGCUGUUAAAUACCUCAUCCUCUGCACCUGUAAGUCCUGUUAAGGCUGAAAAAGAAAUAAAGAAGCAACUAAUGAGAGCAAAAUCUGGAAGUGACAUAAAUUGCGAAGAACGUAUAUUAAUGUACAAGAAGGGUCAGGCCCCAGCAGCUCCGCUUGGUUAUAUGCAUCACCCGAAAGUAUUAUAUUGUUCUGGUGUAAAUGCCGCAGGUAGCGUAAGGAAAGGGCUCAGGCAUAUCCCUUGCUCUCCUGAACGUGUGUUAGAUGCUCCAAAUUUAAUGGAUGACGUUUAUCUGAAUUUGAUGGAUUGGGGACAGAAUAAUGUGAUAGCCAUUGCUUUAACUCAGACUUUAUAUCUAUGGAAUGCUGAAACUGGAGACAUUGCUACGCUAUUCGAAUUGCCGGAAGGAGAAAGGCUGUAUGUGUCAUCUGUCCAAUGGUCUGCCGAUGCAGCAUAUAUUGCUGUUGGAAUGUCUAAUGGUGAGAUCAGACUCUUCGAUCCCACACGGGAAACUGCCUUACGGAAAAUGCAGGUGCAAAUAAAUCGCGUAGGUAGCCUAGCAUGGCGACAACAUAUUGUGUCAGCGGGGUGCCGGUCAGGACGGAUUUAUCAUCACGAUGUAAGAGUGGCCAAACAUCAUAUUGGGACAUUUGAAAACCAUGCGCAGGAAGUGUGCGGUUUGAAGUGGAGCCCAGAUCUUCAUUAUUUAGCUAGUGGUGGAGGUGACAAUAUUGCAAACGUUUGGGAACCUAAUAUGAUAUCGGCAGAAGAACCAGUCCCAUUAUAUACCCUGGAUGAACACUUGGCCACAGUCAAAGCAAUUGCUUUUAACCCUCAUAAAUCUUAUUCUUUGGCCACAGGAGGUGGUAUUAACGACCGUUGCAUUAAGACUUGGAACCUCACUACGGGCACGCUCUGUCGUAGUGAGCAGACUGAUAGUCAAGUGAAUGGUAUUGCGUUCAGCCAGCAUUAUGAUGAGUUGAUAUCAGCUCACGGGUACCCAAGCAAUCUUCUUCGAAUAUGGAGAAAUUCAACUAUGACGUGUAUUCAGGAGCUAACAGGACAUUCAGAUCGGGUAUUAGGAAUUACCGUGUCUCCUGAUGGUCAGCUUGUUAUGAGCUCUUCAGCAGAUGAGAGUUUACGUCUCUGGGCAUGCUUUAAAGUUGACAAGUCUAUGAACCAUAAAGAAAGAACAAAGAGUUCUCGUCUGCUUGCAGCUGUUCGGUAAAA